AUGACGACAAACAUUGUGCUUGAAACCACAAUGGGUUCGUUCACUCUUGAGCUGUACACCUCGCACGCCCCCAAGACCUGCAACAACUUCACCACCCUCGUUCGUCGCGGCUACUACGACAACACCAUCUUCCACCGCAUCAUCCCCAACUUCAUGGUUCAGGGCGGUGAUCCUACAGGGACCGGUCGCGGAGGAAGCUCUAUCUACGGCGAGAAGUUCGAGGACGAGAUCGAUUCAAGCCUGAAGCACACGGGCGCUGGCAUCUUGAGCAUGGCCAACGCGGGCCCAAACACGAACGGAUCACAAUUCUUUGUUACGCUCGCUCCUACACCUUGGCUCGAUGGUAAGCACACCAUCUUUGGCAGGGUGAAAUCCGGCAUGGGUACCGUCAAGAGAAUGGGCUUGGUCAAGACUGGUUCUGAGGAUAGACCGGUGGAGGACGUCAAGGUUGUCAAGGCGCGUGUUGCGGAAGAGGAGGAACAGAUCUAG